AUGGUAUUCCCAGCGCCCGACCUCCACCAGCCAUCGGGGCUCCUAAGUCCUCCCCCCUCCCCACGCAAGCGAAGACGGCUUCUCCGUGACUCUGAAGACGCAGAAGGGGAAAUGUCACUUGGGAAAUACAUUGCUGCUUGUGACCCUUUCCGCAGCAGCAGCAUGGUUGACCCUCUACCCUACCCCGUACGCGUCAAAUACUCUGAGCGACUCGAUCACACUUUGCGGCCCAUCAUGAGCCAAAUCCAUAAUGUUCUCGACUUCCACGAAUUCCCCGCCACUACGCAGGUCGAGACUAUCACUGCGUGGAAGCCAGGUUACCCUGGAGGUGAUCGGGAGAUCGACCUGCUCCGCGUGGUUUUAGACGACACUAACCCAUCACCACUCUCUUUUGGUCCUGCAAAGGAUGACUUAAUCCGAAUACUCCGCCAUAACAACCACCCUGGAAUCCAUGUUGAGAUCAUUGAUCUCAACCUGCAUCACUGUCCCUCUUUCUUCUACCUCUCCAAGACCGAUGCGGUGGUCAUCGCGUUUGAGCGAGCCAAGGGGAAGAUCAUUCAGGCCCUCGAUCGGGCGAUCCCCCAAAAAGUGGCACUCGUCGAAGCGGAGACCAAAGCCGACUGGUUUGCAUUGAGAGUGGAAAUCAUUACAUUGACGUUACCACACUCAAACGGUGGGCCUGUCGAGGUGGAGUUUUCACCUGGAAGUCUUAACUUCCUGGACUCACCUGGGGAAUCAUCCUCGGGCUCACCUGGACGAUCAUUCUUGGACCGAUUGACACCUAGUGUGGUACCGCGAAUGGGAUUCUCGAUCGGUAUUCAUGGACAAGACAUAACAGGGACACUGGGCGGAUGGGUGAAUCUGACUCAUAAUGGAGUACUACACCGAGGUUUCCUCACGAAUUAUCAUGUCACUAAACCAUCACUGUCAACCGUCUAUGACAAGGGUUUUAUUGAGGACCUGAAUCGCUUCGGAGCGACUUUUGAUCGUCUCCCAUCCAAGCCUGUCCGAAUGGAGUCUAUCUCCAAGAUAGACCGAGAUAAAACUGUGCCUGAUAUCAUCGACAAGUUGGAGACAUUAGAUGCCCGGAGGGUCGAAGUGAUGACAAUGAUCGAGGACAGACAGCUCAUUGGUGCUGAACCCAGACCCGGUUAUCAAACAUUACUGCGUUUUAUUGAUGAUGAAAUCAAUGAGUUAGCGGCAGUACAAGGACCAGCCGAAUCUAUGCCACAUGUUAUAGGAGAUUUGGUACUUGCUUCUGGUGAAGCAAUGUUAAAUAUGCGUAUGAUGGACUGGGCUUUUGUCCGUGUGUCCGAACAUGGCAGGAAACUCUUCGGUCCAAAUAUCAUGUUCGACAUCCCCGAGAAUGCACAGCCAUGGAAGUACAAGUCUGUUGCUCCGUGGCGUCCCGGUACCAUCAUUGAAGAGUUCGGAUUUUUACAAGAUGGCCAGUUCUGCACAAAGGUCGGCCGCACAAGUGGAGUUACUUCGGGGAUCUGCCAUGGUCCUCGGGCUGUAUGCAACUGGCACAGUGCUACGAGGUGGAAUGAAAAUGGGGAUGCAAUGGAUCUGAACGUCUACCGGACUGAGGAGUUCAUGGUCAUCAACAAGAAAUUGACAGAGACAGACUUUGAGCAGUCCGAUUUCACUGCUAACGGAGACUCUGGCUCUUUUGUCCUAGACAAUAAUGGGGUGGUCAAUGGUUUGCUGUUUGCAGGUGUGAGAAACGACCAUGGUGUGGUAGGAGUAGUCAUGAGCAUGGCGGAUGUACUACAGUCAAUUCGGUUGAAGCUUGGAGGUGAUGUGUCGAUUGAGCUGCCAGUUUGA